GAAAAGAAAAGAAAGAAAAGUGAGGGUGAUAGAGAAUGGAUGAGAGAGAAAGAGAGAGAGUGAGAGAGAGCGCGGUAGAGUGGGUGAGUGCGUGCGUUGAUGAAAUGUACACAGUAAGAUCUCGUAACAGUAUUAUAUGAUACUCGACCUGUCGAUCGCUUUUAUUUUUUAGAAUAUAUUUACAAACAACAGGGCUCGGUUUUUUAGAUUCUAAAGAGGAGAAAUAAAGCACAGUUUUCUCAUAAUGGCAGCUACACUGUUCAUUAUUAAAUUGCCGAAGCAAAAAUCAUGUUUGUCAAAACUCGAACGGAAUAAUUCAAGUUCCGAGCUGUUGUUAGAAACCGCACCUAACUCCGAUGUAUUAUUAGGGGAUGACCAAAACACCAAUUGUUCCUUUAAUGAUAAUAUUUCUUCUGCUAAGAUUUGCGAAACAUCCGAAGCUGUCUCUCCAAAAUCAAGCAAUGACAACACUGUUUCAUCUACGGUUUCCAGCAACGUUAAUUACAAAAGUGUUGGUAGUGACAGCAAUAAUAUUAGUAAUAAAAAUGAUAAGCCUGGUGCAAACAAUAUUGAUGUUUUGGAUCAAGAAAACAGUGGAUCGACAGGAAAGGAUGGUUCGGACGUUAAAGGUCAGGGUAACAAUAAAACACUGGCUUCGGCAAAUUCCGCAUCGAGUGGCUUGAAUGAAGUAUCACCUCAGCUGGGCGCAGAUUCACGAGAUCGAAUAGUGAAACCGGAGUGUAGAUUCCAAGUGACACCUAUAGAAGAGCCUGGACAUGAAAUGCUGGAUUUUAUCCCUAAGGAAACCCCUGAAACGAUGGUGAAGAAUAUUCUGGAAGAAUUUUCAGUGAAAAAUGAUAUAUGGACAGACUCUGAUUCCUAUAAGCAAAUUACAUUUAUUGACUGUGGUGCUCCUGCCAGAAUUGAAGACAUAUUGAAGAGACUAAUGGCAAUUGGAAUUGGUCAGAAACUCAGAAAUUCUUCCAUCAGUGUUUUUCCAGCAUCAAUGCAUGUUGAGACUUUUGACCAAAAAAAUUCUGAAGAAAACAGUAACAGUAUAAAUAAAGAAAAUGAAGGCAAGUUCAAGAAAUCUGUGAAGUCCCGUCUUGUUGUGGCACAGGUGGUAGAUUCCGUCCGUGCCGGUGCUGUUUUUACAUUUGACUAUUGUAUGCUCAUAAUUUUAGCAAGUAUGAUUUCUGUUCUUGGUUUGGUAGAAAACAGUUCAGUUGUUUUAGUAGCCAGUAUGUUGAUAUCACCAUUGAUGGGCCCAAUAUUGGCAGGGACUUUUGGUAUUGUGAUCCAAAAUUAUUCUUUACGAAAUCUUGGUCUGAGGUCGGAAUCAAUUGGUCUUGCAUUGUGCAUUAUCUGUGGGUUUAUCUUUGGCCUAAUCAUUGGUGCCAUCCAACUCCAAGGACUGCCUGGAUAUAUUGAUGAGUGGCCCACUAUGGAAAUGAAAUCCAGAGGCAUGAGUCGUAGUCUGUGGAUUGGUAUCUUAAUAGCACUCCCAUCCGGUGCUGGAGUGUCUCUGUCUGUUCUGGGUGGUAACUCUGGGCCAUUGGUUGGAGUUGCCAUAUCCGCCUCACUGCUGCCACCUGCUGUCAAUGCUGGAAUGCUGUGGUCAUUUGCUUUACUUUCGGUCAUCAGUCCACCAAAAACAACUCCACGUGGCAAUACCACUGCUGUUUCAAUUAAUGACAACCCUUUAGGGUGCUUGCCAUUUCAAGACAAUGCUUAUACACCAAUGUACAGCUGUGACAUGGCCAAAGAGAUGGGAAUCAUGGGAACAAUAAGUCUCCUGCUCACUCUACUUAACAUCGGCUGCAUAUUCCUAGUUGGUGUUGUCAUGUUGAAGAUUAAAGAAGUUGUGCCACUGGCUUCAACAGAUGAAACAGCAGAAUUUUGGGAGCAUGAUAUACAAGUGGCCAGGGAUUCCUACAAGACUAUGAAGGGCCCAGAAUCUUUGUCUUUUAUUACAGAAUAUCAGAAACUUUUAGAGAAAGAAAGAACCAUGGAUCUUAAUAACUUGACGCGCAGGAAUCAACUGUCAAGGUUUUAUGCUGAUGAAUUUAAUCAUUCAGAAUUCAGCCCCAGCCCCAAGAGUCCAACAGGAAACUUUGACUUCAGUUCGAAGACAUACAAAACACUACCAAGCAAUCAAUCAUUCCCAGAUAUAGUCACCCAUGACAAUACUCAGACUUUCCAUGGCUCCACAACACAUGGACAUUAUUCAGAAUUUCUCGACUAUGAGCAGUUUGAGGCAUCCCCAGGAGUGAGAGUAGCACGACCAUUUUCUUUCUUUACUCCUCCUCCCAAGCACUUUCCCACUGAAAUUCAACGCAGCCAUAGCACUCGUGAAAAAACGAAGGAUAAACAUCGGAAAUUUCGGCUAAAACCACUUUUCCAUAAGCCAAGGGGUCGAGUUGUGGUGGGCAAGGAGAAAAAGUUUACUGUCACCUCUGUACCGGAAAGUCCCAAACAUUCAUCACAUAAGGGGGAAGAAAGUUACCAAAUGAUCCCAGAGGAAGUGUAAGUAGCAUUGCUGAAGCAAGUGAUGGCUGUAGUGUGUGUAUGCAUCGAUACUUGUGUGUGAAUUAGUGGGAAGACUGCAUAAGGUUAGUCAGUAAUAUUGAUUUUAAAUUUUGGCACCAGGCCAGCAACUGCAGGGAAGGAAGUAAGUCAAUUACAUCAACCCCAGUGUUCAACUGGUACUUACUUUAUAGACCCUGAAAUGACGAAAGACAAAGUCAGCCUCUGCAAAAUUUGUACUCGGAACAUAAAGACAGAAGAAACGCCUCUAAACAUUUCACCCAGUGUGCUAAUGAUUCCGUCUUAAUGUUAGUCAGUAACAUUAACACUGCUCUUAUCUGCAGUCCUUGGUCAAGCGGGGAAUAAAUAUUUGUGAAGGUAUGUGUAUGUGUAUGAAUUGUUGAACAGGAUAUGUAUAGUGAGUGAUAUACAGUCAGAAGAAUGUGUAAAUAUGGAUGUAUGUGUGUGACAUUAACUAGUGUAUUUCUAGUAGCCAGAAUGUACAGUGUGCACAUGGCUAUAUAUGUGGAAACAGUGUAUAUUUGUGUGCAUGUGUGUAGGGGGGUUAUCUGUUCAAACAGUGUAUGUUUGUGCAUCUGUGUGCUUGUGAUUGUGUAUUUAAAAAUGCAUAUAUUUUAUGUAUAUAGGUGAAAAUCAUGAUGAUAUUGGUAUGCAUGUGUAGUUAUCUUUCCAUAAAAUAGGAAUAUGUGUAGAUAUAUAUAUAUAUAUGUAUGUAUGUAUUUUAGACACAUGUUUCCUUCAUGUGGUUAUGUUUGAAACUGGAGACAUAACGUAUGUAUAUAGCAAUAAACAACCCCCAUCGCCCACAAAAAAUAACCGAGUAUGCAUGGUAGGUUUGAAACCCAGACAUCCCACUUUGCAUCAUUUGCUCCUUAUUCAUAUCGGGGAUUUUCUUCUUGAGCAAUGGCCCAGACAGAUAUCAAUGAUCCACUGGACUGACAUGCCCCCUGAGAAAGGACACGGGGACUGAGCCCUCACUAAUGACCCAACAACCCAUUAAAAGUCACAGGACAUUUUCAUUUUCACACACACACACACAUAUAGUUCAAGAAUUUUUUUUAUAAGUUUAAAAACAGUGUAUAUUAUCUGAAGAAAGGACUCACAAAUAUAGUCAUAUUAUUAAUAUUGUUAUUAAUAUUAUUAAUUAUUUUAAUGACUGUGACUCAGAAGUUUUGCUAAUAGUUGGCAGCUGUCCUAAUGAGGACUGCUAAUCGUCAGGCAUGCAAUUCAUGCACAGACUUAUACAUUCACACACAUGCACAUAUAAAUACACACAUUCAAAAACCUAUGGAACUUUAUUGACUCAAACAAAGGAGACUUGUCUAGGAAUGAUCGAUUGCUUGGUAAAUGACUUGAAUUCAUGAAGAAGAAUUUCUCAAAGACAAUAUAUUUCUCAUGGCAAACAUACAUACUCAUACAUGGUUGUGUGGUUAAGAAGCUUCCUUUUCAACCACAUGUAUUUGGUUUCAGUCCCACUGUAUGGCACCUUGGGUAAAUGUCUUCUACUAUAGCCCCAGGCCAACCAAUGGGCUUCAAUACUAAUAAGGCAUUGGUCAAUCCAGUGCAGACAGUAGGUGACACUUGUGCAAUGUGCUGCACAGUAGGAGCAAAUUCAUCACCAGGUAAUUGUAAAGUAAACUUCAUAACCAGACUGCAAUGCCUGCAUAUAUAAUACAUUUGUGAAUCAAUUCAACGUUGGACUGCUCAGUUGUAAUGACUGGUACAAGUUAACAUAAAUACCCUUAUACCCCAUCACCUACUCAUAUUCAUAUUCAUAGUUUUCAGUUCAUCAUAAUAAACUAACAACGAAAUGUUGCUCGUAAAUUGCACUUCUCACAUUUCAAGGAUGUGGGAAUGCUAAUAAAAUAAUAUUCCAAAAUAAAA